AUCGGGGCUAUUGUGUGGAUGGGAGAGCUGUAGGGGGAGGAGGAGGAGGUAUAAUAAGCUCGAAGACAGCAGAUAAGGGAACGGGGUUGUUGGCUGGCUGGUGUGUAUUUUAACAAAAAAAAAAAAAAAAAGGAGACCCCUUGCGUUUGUGUAAACAGGCCGAAAAACAGCGAAUUUUCACCCCUGGAGCUACCGGGAGGACGGUAGCAUGAUAGUUGUGGAGGGGAAUCGGCAAGAAGAGGGCCCGUAUCCACAUUUCACUGCGCCUACACCGGAUUCAUUGAGUCGGUAAAGCAGCGUCCGACAUGGGGAAGGAGGUAAAUGGUGUUUCACGCAGCCGGUUUGAGAUGUUCUCAAACAGCGAUGAGGCCGUCAUCAAUAAGAAGCUACCUAAGGAGCUGUUGCUACGAAUCUUCUCCUUUCUGGAUGUGGUGACACUCUGUCGCUGUGCCCAGGUCUCACGGUCCUGGAAUGUCCUCGCUUUGGACGGCAGCAACUGGCAACGAAUCGACCUGUUUGACUUUCAGAGGGAUAUUGAGGGCCGGGUUGUGGAGAACAUCUCAAAGCGAUGUGGAGGUUUCCUUAGGAAGCUGAGCCUGCGGGGAUGCCUUGGUGUGGGAGACAGCGCCCUGAGGACUUUCUCCCAGAACUGCAGGAACAUCGAGCUGCUUAGUCUGAAUGGCUGUACCAAGAUCACUGACAGCACAUGUAAUAGCCUCAGCAAGUUCUGUCCGAAGCUGAAGCACCUGGACCUCGCUUCCUGUACCUCAAUCACCAACCUGUCACUCAAAGCUCUCAGUGAGGGCUGUCCCCUGCUGGAGCAGCUCAACAUCUCCUGGUGUGAUCAGGUCACCAAGGAUGGCAUCCAGGCCCUGGUGCGAUCCUGCCCUGGCCUCAAAGGCCUUUUCCUCAAGGGCUGCACACAGUUAGAGGAUGAGGCUCUGAAGCACAUCGGAGCUCACUGUCCGGAGCUGGUCACACUCAACUUACAGACGUGCUCACAGAUCACAGAUGAGGGUCUCAUCACUAUCUGUCGGGGGUGUCACCGCCUGCAGUCUCUGUGUGUGUCGGGCUGUGCCAACAUCACAGACGCCAUCCUCCACGCCCUGGGACAGAACUGCCCCCGCCUCAGAAUAUUAGAAGUGGCUCGCUGCUCUCAGCUCACAGACGUGGGCUUCACUACAUUAGCAAGGAAUUGCCAUGAACUUGAGAAGAUGGAUUUAGAAGAAUGUGUGCAGAUAACAGAUGGCACGCUCAUCCAGCUGUCCAUCCACUGCCCUCGUUUGCAAGUCCUGAGUCUGUCUCACUGUGAGCUGAUCACUGACGAUGGCAUCAGACACCUUGGCAGCGGUCCAUGUGCUCACGACCGUCUUGAGGUAAUUGAGUUGGACAACUGCCCCCUGAUCACAGACGCCUCCCUGGAGCACCUGAAGAGUUGCCAUAGCCUGGACCGCAUCGAGCUAUACGACUGCCAGCAGAUCACCCGUGCUGGCAUUAAGAGACUAAGGACCCAUCUGCCUAACAUCAAAGUGCAUGCGUACUUCGCUCCCGUCACUCCGCCCCCCUCGGUCGGGGGGAGCCGUCAGAGGUUUUGCCGCUGCUGUGUCCUGCUAUGAUGUAAAGACAACAACUCCCCUCCCCAUGCACACUAUCCGUAGCCCAUCGUUUGACCCCUGACCCACCCCCCCGCCUGCCUCCCAAAUCCCCCCUGUUAUAGAGUACAUGCUGGUGUGUCCCCCUAUGGAGCUGCAGAGAGAGGGAGAGAGCCAAAUACUGCGACAGGGUGACAACGCAACAGCCUUUCCCAAAAACAUUCCCACCCACAUCCCACGUACACACACACUCAUCGGGCUUUUGCACAGGCUGACACAUAACAUGCACACACGCGGACUCAUCAACCCAUUGAAGAAUGUCAGUACAUUCCUCGCUGUCCUCCAGGCCUGUAUUUGUCAGACAAAGCAGGAUUACAUAAACGGCGAUCAGCAUUACAGUCUUUAUCAAAUGGAGUACAGGCAUGCAGAAGAUUCUCUUUCAGAAAUCCACUGAUUCACAAGACAUUUGAUGUGAGGGAAAGAUCUCUGGGGGUGUUUGUGAGAUACCAGACUCUUGACUCAGUGCUCAAAGUCAGAUUAUGUUAGCAGCCUCAACACAAAAUAUCGACAGGUUGUAAGACCUGCCCCGCUUCUCACACAGUCACACACACAUACUGCCCCUCCCUCAGUGUUGAAGGUCACUUACAAGCUACCUCCAGACAGAGCUGCACUUGAUUUCCUCUUUGUAAGACCCACCCUAGCUUUUUCUGCAGACUGCACUUCUCAAGUAGAUGUACUUUAUUACAAAGAAGCCCAAGUCACAGCCAUGAUUUGGCUAUACCCACCCCACCCCUGACAAACAUACACACACACACACAAACACACACACAUGCAUACAUGAUCAUAUGAGUUGUCCAUUAUGUAGGCCUAUUUUGUGAUCUAAAAAAAAAAUAACUUGAAAUUGUUUGCACUUACAUAAAAAGUAACGUAAUGCUUUACGAAGAAAAUGUUAACAACCAUCUCUGAAUUUAAAAGACUGCUGUUUGAUUGACAUACCAACACAAAUCCAUACACACAAACACCAAGCUCGCUACCACUGUACCCUCACCUCUCUCUCUCUGUUACAAUCAGAAGCUUCAUUGUACUUAAGAAAAAGAAAAAAAAAAAAAAAAAGACAAAGUUUAUUAUUUUUCUAAAAUGGACACCAAUUAAGACUUACAAGUGGGGGACUCGAGAAGAUGCCAAAUGUUGCAUGUAACAACUCUAGUUUUUUAAAAUCUAAUUGUACAUAUGUCAGGACUGUGGGAGUCCCAAGCGCCGACGCCAGCUAAAGCAGCACCACAGUUUACGAUGUGAGAUGAGGGAGGGAUCGCUGUCAGCGGGAACUACGGUGAACCGCCGUAGUGCGGCCAUGCUCGUCUGAGCGUGGACGUGCCGGAGAAAACAAGCCAGAGGUGGUGGAGAGUAAAUUCAAGCAUUGAGCCAGUAGCGGAUAGAGAUUGUGACCGAAGAACUCAAGCUGGCCUGUGAAAGCAAACGCCGACAACAGGAAAAAAAAUAUAUAAAGACAUUCUUUUUUGAGAGAAGUAAAAAAAAACAAAAAACAAAACAAA